GAGUAACAGUUUUCGGAAAGUUACGCAAGUCAGUUCAAGUCUUUACUGUUAAGCAGUUUGCUGAAUGAUGGAUUACGAUAAAGAUUUUUACCGGAGAAAACAGGAACUAAUGCAAAACAUAUAUGUUUUGAAAAAGGACAUUACACCCCAAGAAAAAGAGGCAAUGAAAGAUAUCAAGUCUUCUGUCCAGCAAGCAUGGGCAAUCAGAGCCAUACCAUGUGUUUUGUUUGGUUACCUUCAAAUCGCUGGAAUACCACGUGCACCAGCAAAGAUACCAAAACUUCUCAAGUCUUUGAAUUUUGGCUCUCAUAUGUAUGCCAUUGUCUUUGGAUUAUGUCUUGGUUAUGGUCUAACACCUAGACGAAAGAUAAUUAAAGAAGUCUUACAUAAACACAACAUAACCACAGAUCACAAUCUAGGAAAACUGAUUGCAAUGGAUGAAGAGGAGCAUUCUUCUUCAACAGUGCCACUCUAUAACUACCAGAGUGCUCAGAAGGCAUAUAACACAGAGAUGAAGAAAGGUCAAGAUAAUCAAGUUUGGUCACCUCUGAAUCAAUUCCAGAAGACAGAGGAAACACAAGAACCAGAUGAUGGAUUUGAAGAUUUUUAUGCUAAAAAACGAGGUAGAAAAACCAAUGCUUAUGGAGAUGAACUGGACUAACAGUUUGAUUGUCUUAUGGAACAGAGAGUGUGUUAUAGUUUUGCAGCCAGAUUUGUCAUCACGUUCAUUUCAUAAAUUGGAAUGCAUUUCAUGAUAAAACUGCAGGCACAGUGUUUUCUACCAGAUGAGACAAAAUCUAUCAGACAGACAUGUGACUAUAAUAACUGUGGAAUAGAGAGAUAUUUUGCAAGACUUUUAGAUAUCUGGUUCAUAAUUUGCAUUUCAUAUGAUAUCUUUUCCUGUUUAUUCCACAAAGUGGCCUAUGAGAUACAGAUUUUCAUAUUUUAACACACAAUAGUUGUAUGCUCUUUUUUUGUUAAACCUCCUUAUAUUGAGCUGAAUAUUGGUGUGUGGAUAUUUGAAGAUGGGUAGAGGUUUGAGUACUAUAUGGCCUACUUUAUCACAAUUAAACAUGUAAACAUUCUGAAAAUUAAAUUAAAAAAAAUUGUAAAUAUGCCAUUUU